AUGUCGAGCUUCUUGCAAUGCAGACGGGUUUGUCUAUUUUCUUCUCUCCGCCAAAACGUCAGAGACGCUGCGUUUUAUUCUCCCCCUGUUCUUAAUAGCAGCGUCAAUCUAGGGUUUCUGAUUAGUAGAAGAACAUUAUGUUCAUUAUCAGAAGUGAAACUAGAUGAUGUAGGGAAUCAAAACCCAUCUCUGAAAUCUUUCACAGUAUCGUACCUCGUCAACUCCUGUGGACUAUCUCUUGAAUCUGCUAAAUCAAACUCCAGAUUCGUCAAUUUAGUUUCUUCCAAGAAACCAGACACUGUUCUCGCUCUCUUCAAAGAACAUGGAUUCUCCACUGACCAAAUCACAAGUGUCAUCAAAUCAUUCCCUCGUGUUCUCUCACUUAGUCCCGAAGACAUUCUCUUACCAAAACUCAUGUUUUUCAACUCCAUCGGCUUCUCAAACUCCGACACGGCCAAAAUGAUCUCCUCUUGUCCUAAAACACUCUCCUUCAGCUUGCACAAAAGACUCAUCCCUUGCUAUGAUUCCCUCAAGAGCAUACUUGUAGACGAAGAAAGCGUUGUCAAGUGUCUGAAGCGUGGCUACAGAUGUUUCUCUCUAGACAUAGCACAGACUUUAUCUCAGAGGCUACACGUUUGUAAGGAGCUUGGAGUUCCGGACAAGAGCAUCAAGUGGCUGGUUCAGGCUUCUCCCUACACUUUCUUCUCCCCCGAGAAGAAAUUCAACGAGGUCUUGAAUAGGGUUUGUAGCUAUGGUUUUGAUCCGAAGAAGGCUGGCUUUGUUCACGCUAUGUUGGCUUUUGAUUGGACGAGUGAGUCAACCAUGGAGCGGAAGUUGAAGCUCUUUCAACGUUUUGGUUGGUCUAAAGAAGAUUUUGUUGCGGCGGUUAUGAGGUUCCCGAACUGCACGACGGUUUCUGAUGAGAAGAUAGUGUACACGAUGGAGUUUCUUGUGAAUGACAUUGGUUUGGAGGCGAAAGAUAUUGUUGCGAGACCGGUCGUGUUGGGGCUGAGUAUGGAGAAGAGGAUCAAACCGAGGAGUCGGGUGAUUUCUUUGCUUGUAUCUGAAGGACUUGUGGAGAAAGAAGAUGUGAACUAUUUCACUAUGCUGAAGAUGAAAAGCUCUGAGUUUGUGGAUAAGUUUGUGGUGAAACAUCAGAAGGAGAUGCCGGAACUUAUGCAAACUCUAAGGAAAGUUUGA